ACGCUUCACGUGAAGAUGAACGUAAUACUACCAGGUCACCCCGAGCACGGUAUCAGGAGCGAAGACGCGAACGAGUACUUGAACCAUCAUAUAGAAGUCGUAGCCGGUCACCAGCUGGGAGGCAUAGGAGGACUCCAGAAGGCGACGGCGAUACACAUUGAAUGGCGUGACCCUUGGCUGAUUGCAUUGGUGUCUUUUCAUAUUAUUGUGACUUUUACAUGCUUUUCAACGAGGAACCAUGGCAACUUUCAAGUUAUACUCUUCAUAAUAUUAUUGCUGCUGGUAUAUUUCUCGGAGAACAUCAAUGAAGUGGCAGCUAGAAACUGGGCGCUAUUCUCAAGACAGCAGUAUUUCGACAGCAAGGGCCUGUUUAUUUCGGUCGUCUUCUCCAUUCCUAUACUGCUAAACUGUAUGAUUAUGGUGGGAUCGUGGCUAUACCAGUCAACACAAAUCAUGACGAAUCUAAAGAAGGCUCAAUUAAGGCAACGUCUCAAAGAAAUGAACAUGCACAGGGAACAGCAACACAUAAAAGCGGAGUAAACCAGGUUCAUCAAGGAGUCAAUUAAAUUGUGAUCCUAGAGGGUUUCUUUGUCGGCUAAGAGAGGCACCACGUUUAUUAAUGCGAAAUCGGCCUGAACCGGUCUGAGAUAGCUUUAUGUCCAUGCAACAAGAGCGAAAAAGAUGUUGCUCGUUUCUCUUAAUUUGUGUGGUGACUUGGCGUGAAGAAACAAUUUGUUGCCCUAUUUGGGAACAAUAGAAUAUGCAAAUAAAAACAAAUUUCAAGCACUUGUGAUGAGCGCAAAAACCGACGAAGAUUUUUCGAUUAUUUACAUAAAAAUACUAUCACUCACUAAAAUAUUUUACAAUAAUGCUCGGUAAUAAAUGUAUUCAUGUCAAGCCCUUCAAGACUAGUGAUGCAACGGAAGUGUUAUAACGGAAACAGAAACGUAAAAACAGAUGUCAAAAGUAAAUCUUAGCGGAAAAUUGCUAAAAAAACAUGCGCCCCACCGUCAAACAAACCGCGCGCGCACCACAUCCGUUUUAAACUUCCGUGACAAAAAUUGCUAAAGCAGAAACGGAACCAGAUGUGAUAAAAUUGCGGAACUUCCGCAACCGCAGUUGCGGAAGCAGAGGUAAAGGUCAGUUGCAUCACUAGACUAAAGGAGAUAACUAUGUCGUUUUUGUUCGUUUACACUACUCCCUCUGCUUUUUAUUUUCUUAUACAUUAAUGAAAUUUUAGUUUGGACUUAUUCACAAUAAAACAUAUUGUUGAGGAAUAGUGGUAAAAUCAAGCUCAAAGUAAAAGUAAUUAAAUUUUUUUUAUUGAAUUGAUAUUCAAUUAUUUUUUGUCAAAUUACUCCACUAGUUUUUUUAUAAUUGUAAAUACAAGGAUCGAACACUUAGAAAAAAAUUCUUUCGAUCGUUCCAAUCCUCCAUGUUGUUGAAAACUAAAUACAAAGAUCCGACAACAAGCACAUAGAAAGAUUCGUGAAGUCCACUGGUUUGUUCCGUGGCUUAGUUAGCAUAGCGUAUGGUACGGUUUGCUAGGAGACGUCUCGGUUCGAAUCCGGCCGGGUCGAAGGAUUUUUUCUAAGUCUUCGUUCUGUGCAUUAAUAAUUAAGAUUAUAAUUUAAGAAAAUCUAAAAGCCAUCAGGGCAGCGUGUUGCGGACCGGCUACUGGACGAGGUAGAUAUAAAUACAUUUUUAUUUUCUGUUGCUCUAUGUCAAUGUUUUUUAUCCAUAGUUCGCUCGGUUCUGUUUUUUGUUUUAGUUAGAUUUUCUAAAAUUAUUUUUGAGCUUGAUUUCCCCACUACUCCUCAAAACAUAUUCUUAAAAAAAUUCGUGUGACGACUAUUUUCUACAUGUAAUGCGCUAUGUUGUUACAAAUAUAUGAAUCUGUAAUUGUUGCGUUUAAAAACAAAAAUAAAAAGUAUUGUUCCCUUAAAUAAACACUUUAAUUUCUAAGUAACUUAGUUGUUGAUUAAUCGAACUUCAGGAACUUCAUUAAUUAUUUUUGUUUUGUUUAUGGUUUUUGUCCGUGGAUUUGAAAUGACUUUUUUAUUUAGUAUUUAAUUUUAGUUGGCAUAAUAUUUCUAUUCACAUCAUGCUUAAUAAAAAAAUAUGUACCAUUAUUUUUCUAUUGCAUUAACAAUUCAUCAAUCUUGCCUUUUAUAGUAUCUAAAUUGUAGAUUGCAAAAAUACUUUUAGUCCUUUUAAACUCUGGAUAUCAUAGUGCCAUUCUGCCCUCAGAACGAAAAAAGGCACAACUGCUGUAUAAAGUACACAUAGUUGUGCCCUUUUUAACAUCUGUUUUAUUUAUCAUGUUUGUAAUCAACUUAUUUGAAUAUACAUAUAUAUAUAUAUAUGUAACAAUGCAGCAACAUUUUUCAGAAAGUUUCGAGUGAAAGUUAGUCAUAGCUUCUCUUUUUUGCAUAUGCGUGUGAUAAUAAUUAUGAAAGUAUUAGUGAUAAAGGUGCAAUGAUAAUAUGUUAGUAAUAGAGAUGUGCUAGAAGGAACAGGUGUAGGAACAUCUCGUUUGUCUCUUAAAUUUGCAGUCAUCGUCGAAUCCAGGUGACUUCCAUAAUAAAACCACAAGAAUUAUGAAAGUCCCAUUAACGCACUAAAGGAAGUGUUUAAUUUUUAUUUGCAUUUACAAACAAGUUGAAAUGGUACCUGUCAGUGGCGAGGCGUGAAAAUUUUCGUUAGUGAAGCCUGUUAAAAAAAUCGCCUACCUUAACAAAAACUUAUUUUUUUCGUAAAAGGCGUGCAUAGUAUAAUAAUCGAAUUGGACGAAAGGGGCCACUUACAAAUAAAUAGUAUAGAAAAAUCAAAACAAAUGUUACCUGUUAAAAAAAAUCUUGAAAAUACGCCCUGGCGAAACUUAAAACAAUACUUAUUAACAGACAAGACACCAGUAAAGUUAAUUUCACUGGUUCCAUAAAUAUAACAUUUAUUACAUUAUUUUAACAAUUAAGUACUUGUAAACUUGGACCAAUCGCGACAAGUGAAUGCAAUUGAUGCCACUUUACUUUUUAAUUGAAACUACUAAUUAACACGAGCUUCUCUCUCCUUUACGUAGGCUAAGCCUAGUAAAAUAAAACCCCUAAACAAACAUUUUUGUAACGCUAUUUAUCGUUCAACAUUUACAAAAUACUAAUAGACCUUAAUAUGUUAUUAUAAUAUUUGUAUAAUAGUAAAACAAAAGUUUUACACUUGGCAAGAAUCUUUCCUAAGAAACAUAUUGGCGGCAAAUUAGUACGGUUCUUGAAAAAUCAACCUUCACGCCAUAUAUCUUAAAUUUAAGUGGAUAUUCGAUCAUACCUCGAUCAUUAGCGUGUUACCGACGAGCCUUUUCUACCAAUGUAUGAUAACGGACUUUUGCGAAUGUGCGUGAAUUGUGAUGUGACGAAAGCCGAAAAAUUACCAGCUUAACUCGGGCUGUGAUUGGUUAAUAAGAUCCAUCGGGAUGCGGGACAGGUUACUUACUACACGUUUACUAUGAAUAUUUUGAGUAAAGUUUUUAAGUAGUGGGGUAUGCGCGCUGUCUCGUACAGUGUUUUGAUUAUACGUGGGAGAUUUUAGGCAAGCCGUUGGGAAUUUUUAAAGUUAUAUGGACGCCUCGCCACUACUAGGUACCUGUACAAGUUUAAAUAAUUUGUUCCAAGUUGUUCAGGCUUUAUUCUUCUGCGACCAGUCGUAAUUUUUAGAUUUGUUUCCUCUGCCUAAUUCCAGAUUGGCUAAUUCCGGUGACAAUUUUUAUUAUUUACAUUUUCUAUAAUAUUAUCAGGAAGCAUUAUUUGAUUCGAGUGUAGUAACCUGAAAAUUUAUUUAAUAUACUAGAUUAGGAAAUGAAACAAUUUUUCCGGUUU